UCAGACGGCCUGGACUCCUUCAGCGCGAGCGCCUGUACCGGACGUGUGCCGGUACCCGUGACCCGCGAGCCAUGGCCGAGUCCCAGCUCGCGUGCAUGGAAGAUGGCCAAAUAACCCAGACGAUCCCCGAAACCAAGCCCGAGUUUUACUACAGCGAGCAGCAGCGCGCGGCCCUGGAGACUCUGCUGCGGGACGGAGACGGAGCCUUUAAGACGCGCCUGGACCAGGACAAGGCCAAGGAUUUCCUGUCCGCUCGCGAGAUUAAAGUGAUCAGAAACUCGCUCGUGCAGUUCAAAACGAGCGAGGAGGAGGAGAACGAGCAGCGCGCGCAGGGUCGCUCUGCGGACUCUUCCUCUAUGCGCUCCACUUACUGGCCCCAGAUGUCGGACACCGAGGUCCCGCCGCUGGACAUCGGCUGGCCGCACGGUGGCUUUUUCAGGGGGGUCACGCGCGUCGCGGUCCACACGCACCCGCCCAAAGAAAACGGGCCACACCUUAAAGAGGUCGUGAGGAGGCUGAUCCAAGAGGCCAGCAAGGUUAUUGCUAUCGUAAUGGAUCUCCUCACAGAUCUCCAAAUCCUGCAAGAUCUAUUCGACGCAGCGUCCAAGCGAAGGGUGCCUGUUUACAUCAUACUGGACAUUCAGGGAGUGCCGUAUUUCCUUGACAUGUGCAAUAGACUGCAGGUCAAAUCUCACCACCUACAGAACAUCCGCACACGUGUGGUGAAAGGCGUAGGAUUCGAGCUGUCCUAUGGGAGGAUCCCAGGGAGCUUGUGCAGCAAAUACAUGAUUGUAGAUGGAGACAAAGUCAUGUUUGGAUCAUACAGUUUCUCCUGGACAUCAUCCCGUAUGGACCGAAACAUGAUCACUGUAAUGUCCGGCCAGAUAGUCGACUUCUUCGACAACGACUUCAGGGAGCUUUACGCAAUCUCGGACAAGCUGGACCUCUUUAAAGAAUUCCACGUUGGGAAGCCAAGCACAGGGACCCUGGGCCGCAUGACUGUCCCCAAGCGGCCCUCUCUGUCUGCCACCUCCCGCUUCCAGGUGAGCCUGGGGGACGCAGGCACCUUGAAAGUGCCUGAGCACAAAUACUACAACCCUAAAUACCUGCUAGCUUUUGGGAAUAUUCCUGGACCCAGUGGUUCCCUGCCUGACCUUUCUGGUAAGAAGCAGACAGAAGCAUCUCCAGAAGAACUGGCAUCAGAGAAGAUUCCAACACAGGCAGGCAGUGACAAACUAGACACCUUGAAAAGACUACCCGCAGAGAGUACAGAGAAAGGAACCAUCAAAAAGUUUUUCAAUAAAUAUCGAAGCUCUCAAAAAUCCAAAGGCAACAAAAAUGAUGAUUCAGCAGCAGCAGCAGCAGCUGAGGAAGGUACUCCUAGUCCUUCUACCAGCAGCAAACCUGCAAUGCCCAAUGGCAUAGAGGACCUUACAAACAUCCCAGAAGAACCACCACCACCUGUGAAAGAAAAGAGCAAGAAGAAAAUUAACUCAUCACAACUGACCAUUAACAGCCAGGAAACAAAAGGCCGUAAACAGUCCAAAAAUAAAUGUGUCCAGUCCUGAAGAGCCGGAUGGAACUGUGUGGUUGUUGACUUUAUUCUCAGGUGCCAAAAAAGGGUUGAACCUGUUUAAAGACCUUUAUUAUAAGUAUGUGUCAUUUAUUUCUGUUUUUAUUUUGAAGAAGUAAAAGUAAAAGAAUUCUGCACCAACUGUUUGAAAAGCUGCUAGAUGAGGUUCAGUUGCUGACAGCUAUAUCCUUAGGCCAUACUACAGAAGGCUAUACAGAUUGGGACUACAAGACUAUUUGCAUUAGUCAUCUGCAAGCCCUUCACCCUUGGACAGUUUAUGACCACAGGACUACUGGAUAAUUUUGGUCAUCAGAGCUUUACUGAAAAUGUUUCACUACCCAAAUAAAAUCUGUUCAGUAAUGGUUCUAUGGUGGCCCCUCUCCACUGAUUGCUGGGAUAGAGGAGGAUGACAAAUUGUGCAGCUAUGGUCAGCAACUGUAAACUUACAAAGUGCCCUUAUAUGGUAGAUGUUUCUGAUAAAAUGGCCAAUAAGUGUAAGUACAAGGUGUAUCUAAUAAACUGGCAACUCAGUGUGUAUCUGCUGUGAAUGUCAAAUGUAUGCAAAACAGUCAAAUAUCUACAGUAUAAUAGUCAGUAAAUGUUGUGGAAACUAUAUGUUUAAACUGUCCUUAAAUGCUUUCAGGGGCAGAUCUCAGGCCUUUAGCCGUAGUAUUGGAUCAAAGGCACAUAUGAUCCAGUCUAAAUAUGUAUCCAGUCCACUAUAUGUAUAUAUAUAUAUAUAUAUAAAAAACAAUUUGUUAUUAUUUGUCUGUUCUGUGAAGACUGAUUGUAAUAGAGAAUGUGAGCUAUGGCUCAUGUUGUUGAUAAAUGAUGUGAAAAUAAUAAGAUGUAUCAAGUGUGCCCUCUAGUGGUUAAUUGUAUGUAUGUGCAUGUAUGUGUUUGUAGCAACACAACUCAGGUGACGAAAAAAAAAUCCUGAAUAAAUGAGUUAAGGAACA